GCCGGCGCUGGAGCUCGGGCCUUUCUCUCGGCCUUGCCGGCGGGGCGAACUCGGAUGGAGCCGGCCAUCUUCAUUGCCGAGCUUCGUGUCCGGCUACGCGUUCCUGAAGCUGCCGCUGACGCUUGGUGCCCUCGGUGCGACGGAGUCCUGGACUGCCAUGGACAUCAUGCUGGAAUGUGUGUUGCGGGGGGCGAGCGAACACAGCGACAUAAUGCUGUCCGAGACUUAGUCUUUGCCUGGACUGAGCGAGCUGGACUCCGCCCCGAGAAAGAGCGCACCGGCCUGCUCUUACCGCAGUGCCCCGACGACACACAGUCCGCCCGAAGACGACCUGCUGAUGUUUAUCUUCCGGCUCUGUCCGGGUCCCCUGCUGCACUUGAUUUCGCCAUCACGGCGCCGCAGCGGCAGGAGACUUUGGCCAUGGCUGGGAGGGCAACUGGUGCAGCUGCCGCAGCAUAUGCUCGUCACAAGGAAAGCCACCUUGACACUGCCAGAUCUUGCGAGCACCAAGGAGUGUCCUUCGUACCCAUGGUGGCCGAGACCACCGGGACGUGGGACAAAAGCGCGAUGACAGUGCUCAAAAAUGUGGCGAAGGCUGUGGCGGCUCGCACGGGUGAAGACCCAGCCAGCACUCAGGCCGCAAUCCUUCAGGAGCUGAGUGUGACCAUCCGCUCGUGGCGGGGCGGCGCUUCGCCGCAGGACCUCGAGCUGCCCGUGAGGCAGGCGGCUUGCGACGGCUUCCUGCAGAUGAGAGGGGUCCGGUGUCAACUGCCUGCUUCGCACGGAAAGUCCGUGGGAGGGUGUUUGGCGGGCUUGACCGCAUUCGUGGCAGACCGGAGGACAUCAUCACCUCUCUUUUUGCGCUCGCACGUGCAACUGGUGAUGUUGGCAUUGGCGAUGCGAGUCAUCACCCUGUUUCGGCUGGAGCUGAGGGCAGGACAGGCCCUGCAAGGCAACCGACAGCAGCGCUUCAUUGUCGUCUUGCUUUGGCUUUGGUCGCCGGCUUCUUUGGGGGUCGACAUGCUUGUCGACGGCCUCCUGGCGUUCGAAACCCUGGACCGAGUUCGGGUGCAGCUGCUCCAAACGCUGUCGAUCCUGCUCGUGAAUGUUCGGAAGCCCACGUUUCGCUAUGUUUUGCAAACAGGGGCUUACAACAGACUCCUGCGCGGCAAGCCAUACUUGCCCGAUGGUGACGCCGAAGCUCGGGCCCCGUCUACGAUCUACGACCCGCGACACGGCAAGCCUCUUUGA